CACUCUCUCUCUCUCUCUAAAACUUGAUCGGAGAUUUUAGAGAGAGAAAGUUAGAGAGAGAUGGAGGUUUUGAGAUGGAGAAUUUUUCCGCUGGUUUUUCUCAUAUUUUCUUUCCUCGUGCUUUACAUCAAGACCUCAUCCAAGCAAUCAAAUAGCGAUUGUAGUCUUCUCCCCUAUGAGCACUACUGGAUCUCUAGCAGGCGCAUUGUAACUCCAGAAGGAGUAAUCAACGGUGCAGUUGAGGUCAAAGGAGGGAUUAUUGCUUCUGUGGUUAAGGGGAAGAAUUUUCCUGGAUCAAUCCCUGUAGUAGAUUAUGGAGACGCUGUUUUGAUGCCCGGUUUGAUCGAUGUCCACACACAUCUUGAUGAACCUGGAAGGGUUGAAUGGGAAGGCUUCUCAUCAGGGACCAAGGCAGCAGCUGCUGGUGGGAUAACAACAUUGAUUGAUAUGCCCCUCAACAGUUAUCCUUCCACAGUGUCUGUAGAAACACUAAAACUCAAGGUCGACGCAGCACAUGAGAAAAUAUAUGUCGAUGUUGGUUUCUGGGGAGGUCUAGUGCCAGAGAAUGCCUUUAAUACGACUGCAUUGGAGAAUCUCCUCAAUGCAGGUGCACUUGGACUAAAGUCUUUCAUGUGCCCCUCAGGAAUAAACGAUUUCCCAAUGACUAAUUCAACUCAUAUCAAGGAGGGAUUAUCUGUGUUGGCAAAGUUCAAAAGGCCUUUGCUUGUCCACGCGGAGGUAGUUUUGGAUUCUGAAAGCAACCUGAACCAUGAUAGCAAAGGUUCUGAUGUUCGGUCCUAUGAAACAUAUCUUAGGACCAGGCCACCCACAUGGGAAGAAGCAGCUAUCAGAGAGUUGCAAGAAGCAAUGCAAGAGACAAGAGGGGCUCAUGUACAUAUUGUUCACUUGUCAGAUUCAAGAACAUCAUUAGAUCUUAUCAAGGACGUGAAAAGAAAUGGUGCCAGUUUGAGUGUGGAAACAUGUCCACAUUACCUGGCAUUUUCAUCAGAAGAAAUAAUGGAUGGAGACACUCGCUUUAAAUGUUCUCCACCUAUACGCGAGGAAGCUAAUAGACAUAAAUUAUGGGAGUCUUUGCUGGAUGGACACAUUGACAUGUUAAGUUCCGAUCAUUCACCAUCAGUACCAGAUCUCAAGCUCCUUGAGGAAGGAAACUUUCUAAAGGCGUGGGGUGGGAUAUCAUCUUUGCAGUAUGUUCUUCCAGUGACAUGGACUUAUGGGAGAAAAUAUGGACUCACGUUAAGUCAGUUGGUAACACUGUGGAGUGAGAGGCCAGCAAAGCUGGCAGGCCAACACCUCAAGGGAGCCAUUGUAACCGGAAAUCACGCAGAUCUUGUUGCUUGGGAACCUGAUCUGGAAUUUGAACUGGAUGAGAACUACAAAACAUAUCACAAGCAUCCGAGUAUAUCAGCCUACAUGGGGAAGCGUCUUUCAGGAAAAGUAUUGGCAACUUUCGUGGGAGGGAACCUUGUGUAUGGUGAUGAAAAGCAUGCUCCAAGAGCAUGCGGUGCUCCUAUUCUUGCAAAGGAGAGACCGAUCUUUGCAAAGGAGAUAGCAGUUUUGCAUGUUUCUUUCUCUGUUGAUGCAUUGCUAAUGCUUGCUGCUCAUAAAUCAGGAAAGGAGGAUUUUGCUCUUUCCCAUCUCCUAAACGCCCACGCUCAAUGCUCUCCGCUUUUGAUGGAGGCUUUGAAGCUCAACUGCUUCAAUCAAUUCAAAAAUCCCCCCCUCCUUCGCCCUCACCUCACUUUACCCUCUCUCCUCAGCUCAAAUCCCCCAAAAAUUAGGGUUUCAAAAAACAAAAUCUCCACCAACGCUAUCCCAAACCCUAGAAUUCCCACUGAGUCCGACGAGGUCAAGACUAGAGAACCUGGGAUUCUCGACAAGAAAUCGAUCUCCGAUGAGCUUCGAAGAGAAACUUACGAGACCCUUGAAUGGCCUUCGGUGUGCUGUCAAGUCUCCGCCUUUGCGUCAACGGCCAUUGGCCGAGCUCACUGCCGGAGCGCGAGGCUGAGAGUUGGGAGGAAUCGAGAGGAGAGCGAGAAGCUCCUGCAGCAGACGGAAGCUGCUGUUUUGUUACCGAAUCCGUUGGAUUUCUCGGGGGUUGAUGACGUGUCGGAGUUUGUGAGGUUGGCUGUUGAUGGGGGUUUGCUUACAGUCCCGGAGCUUUGUGCUGUUGAACGGAGUCUUCGAUCUGCGAGAGGAGUUUUCGAGCAGCUGGAAGGGAUUGCUUUGAGAGGAGAAGGUUCCGACAGGUACCAUCCUCUUCUCGAAAUUCUACAGAAUUGUGAUUUUCUGACGGAACUGGCAAACAAAAUAGGAUUCUGUAUUGAUUGUACUCUUUCUACAAUCCUGGAUCGAGCUAGCACAAAGUUGAAAACUAUUAGGUCAGAGAGGAAGAAGAAUGCAGAGAAACUGGAAUCCGUUCUGAAGGAAGUAUCUGUGAAGGUUUUUCAAUCCGGUGGCAUUGAUAGUCCUCUAGUUACAAGGCGGCGGUCAAGAAUGUGUGUUGGCAUCAAGGCUUCACACAAAUAUUUGCUUCCCGAAGGUAUUGUACUAAGUGUGAGUAGCUCCGGGGCCACAUACUUUAUGGAGCCAAGAGAUGCUGUUGAACUGAAUAACAUGGAAGUACGGCUUGCAAAUUCUGAGAGAGCUGAAGAACUUGCUAUUCUAGGCUUCCUCACAUCUGAAGUAGCAAUUUCAGAGACAAAAAUAAGGCAUUUGAUGGAGAAGAUUCUGGAAUUGGAUCUUGCAUGUGCUAAGGGUGCAUAUGCAAAAUGGGUAGGUGGUGUUCUCCCAGUUUUCAGUGAGAGCCAUGAAAAAGUAGAGUCAGAUAGAGAGGAUUUGUCAGUUGAUAUUGAUGGCAUUCAGCACCCAUUGCUCCUAGAACCUUCGCUUAAGAGAUUGUCUACUGUUUCAGUUUCAGAUGCUGACCCUGAGAAGUUAGUUAAAGGUGAAAGUCCUGUUCCUUUAGACAUCAAGAUAGGCCAUGCUAAGAAGGUGGUAGUAAUUUCUGGACCUAAUACUGGAGGGAAAACUGCAACCAUGAAAACUCUGGGUUUGGCAUCUAUUAUGUCCAAGGCAGGUAUAUUUUUGCCAGCAAAGAAUACACCUAGGCUUCCAUGGUUUGAUCAGAUUCUUGCUGAUAUUGGUGAUCACCAGUCACUGGAGCAUAACCUUUCUACCUUCAGUGGGCACAUUUCACGACUGUGCAAAAUAUUUGAAGUCAUAUCGAAAGAAUCGCUAGUACUCAUUGAUGAAAUUGGCAGUGGAACCGAUCCUUCGGAAGGUGUGGCUCUUUCCACCAGCAUCUUGCAGCAUCUAGUGGACUCUGUCGAUAUAGCUUUGGUGACUACACAUUAUGCAGACUUGAGUAAUCUGAAAGCUAUUGAUUCCAGAUUUGAGAAUGCUGCAAUGGAGUUUUGCAUCCAAACUUUGCAACCUACAUACAGGAUAAUGUGGGGAAGCACCGGUAAUUCUAAUGCUCUGAGCAUCGCUAAAUCAAUUGGAUUUGAUCAGGAGGUGCUUAACCGUGCUCAAGAAUGGGUAGAAAAAUUAGUGCCUGACAAACAAAAGGAAAGGCAGGGUUUUCUAUAUCAGUCUUUAAUGGAGGAAAGAAAUCUUUUGGAGGCCCAAGCAAGGGAAACUGCAUCUGUUCUAUCAGAAGUUAAAAAACUGUACCUCGAGCUACAAUCCGAGGCCACAGACCUUGAUAGACGUGAGGAUGCACUGAAGGCUAAAGAAGUCCAGAGGUUACAACAAGAGUUGAGGUCUGCAAAACAUCAGAUGGAUGCUGUAGUUAAAAACUUUGAGAUGCAACUCCAGAAAGCAAAUCCUGUCCAGGUCAGUUCCAUAAUUAGAGGGUCAGAAGCUGCAAUUUCUUCCAUUGUUGCUGCUCACAGUCCGAGUGAGUUGUUAUAUGAACCAGCAGACAGCCACAAAUCAUAUAUAACAAAAAUUGGAGAGAAAGUAUAUGUUAAAGGCUUGGGAACCAAACUAGCUACUGUCACUGAAGUGGGUGCGGAAGAUGGGUCUGUCAUGGUCCAAUAUGGAAAAAUAAAGGUGCGAGUGAAAGGAAGGGACAUAAAACCAGUGCAGAGUAAUGUUAAGCAUACACCAAAUGGUGGUUCUUCAAACUUAAAAUCGCAGAAACAAGAAAGAAGAACUAAAAUGAACGAAAACCAAGCUGAAGAGACUUCUUUUGGGCCAGCUGUGAAAACUUCAAAGAACACAGUCGAUCUCCGAGGCUUGAGAGCUGAGGAAGCUUCUCAUUAUCUCGGCAUGGCCAUUUCAGGAUGCAAAUCCUAUAGUGUUCUCUUUAUUGUUCACGGGACAGGCACUGGCGCCGUGAAGGAACGAGCUCUUGAGAUACUCAGGAAUCAUCCUUGUGUUUCCAAGUUUGAAGAAGAAAGCCCCAUGAACUAUGGAUGCACGAUUGCAUAUAUUAAGUGAUCCUUGAUUGUCAGAUCAUGUCUCUGCGGUGUUAUGAUGCGAGGGAUAAAGGUGUAAACGGAUUGGAAACAAUGCGAUAAUGAGGGGAAAAGCUAGAGGUUCUGGCUGCAUGUGCUGUUGAGCAUUCUAUGUAACUUUAUGACCUCUCACUAUUUUUAUUAAUGCGAUAGCCUGUUUUUUCAUUAGAAAUAGAGUGGAAAUAUCUAUUACUUGUAACCA